UGUGAGUUCUUCACGAAAAAUCCUCGAAAGUGAAUCCCCAGAAGAAACAGAGUGGCGAGAAAGUAGAGAAAGAGCCCCACGUUCGAGCCCAAGCGAGACAGAUUGUCCCAGAGGAUUGCGAGGCGUCAGUCAGGCUAUACAGAGUUCGCAGGAGUGCAUCGAGUGUGUGUGAUUUGGCGUGAAAACGAGUGCGCCCCUCGCAGCCCCCUCACCUCGUGAAAAAUCACAAACCAAAAGUGAUUUGUCCGUGUGCGCCGUGACGUGAAUUGCCCCAGCUGAAGUGUGUUGUAAAGUGCGUUGUGUGUACAAUGGAAUGCCCUCAUCUCAAUGAAGAGUUCGUGAAGAUAAAUCGGGACUUUGUGAGGAAACAGAAAAUCGAAAUAUCAGCAGCCACUUCAUCGUCCAAGACAUGGCGAUGUUUAGAAUGUGCAUCCAUGAAGGAGAACUGGAUGUGUCUCAACUGUGGCACUGUUCUCUGUGGUCGUUACGAGAAUUGUCACGCCCUGAAGCAUUCAUCAUCGCGGAAUGAUCAUAAGAUCUGCAUGAGUACGAUGAACUUCUCCGUCUUUUGCUACAAAUGUGACGACUUCAUUGUGAACGACACUAAAGAGCGGCGCCUGGAUGAGCUGCGUCAGGAGUUGAGCAGCAAGGAUGACGAUUCGGCAUCCGAGACAUCCACCAGCACUUCUUCGUCAUCAUCGACGUCCAGCACGUCGUCCAGCAUUGACGAUGCGGCGUCCGGUGGGAAGUACCAGCAAGAGCUCACGGGCACGUCGUCAUCGAGUGAUUCUGGGUGGGAAGAGAUGCCACUGGGCAGAAAGCUGCGCCCACGGAAGCGAACCAUCUCCAGUGAUAGUAGUGAAAAUGCUAAACGAAAAUCCCUCCGAAAGGUGGUGGGGUUGCGCAAUUUGGGCAACACCUGCUUCAUGAAUUCCGUACUCCAGUCACUGAGCAACAUUCACGAGUUCAGUUGCUACUUCUCCGCCCUGCCCGCAAUUGAGACGGCCAAGCAGAAGCGCUUCUACCAUUCCCGCAGUCUCAAGGAGAACGUCGACGAUGCCAAUGUGGUGGAGGAGCUCCGGAAGGUGCUCCUCAAUCUCAGCCAGGGUGGCGACGGGUCGAAGGCCAUCUCGCCCGAGUGUCUUUUCCUCGUGAUAUGGAAGGUCGUGCCGCAGUUCCGCGGUCAUCGCCAGCAUGAUGCCCACGAAUUCCUUCGGUACAUGCUCGAUCGGCUGCACACGGAACUCCAGCAGAUCACUCUGCCCGAUUCCGGUGGCGGCGGCGGCGGCGGCGGCGGUGUGGCCAUAACUGGGAAGACGGCGACUGUCGUGAAGUGUCACACCAUCACGACAACAGACAGCAGCACGACGGGCAGCUUCAAGGGUCGCAGCUCUAUUGUGACGAGUGUAUUUGGUGGCACGCUUCAGAGUGAAGUGCGCUGCCUGAUUUGUGGCAUGGAGAGCAAGAAACACGAUCCAUUUCUCGAUCUCUCACUAGACAUUCCAGAGAAGUUCUACAAGGAGUGCGACGAGGACAAUCAACCGGCGUGCAACAUUUCAGACUGCUUGUCAAGUUUCACUGAAAUCGAAGAGCUUGCUGAGACAGAAUUGUACUACUGUAGUUCGUGUAAAUGUAAGCAGAAAUCAACGAAGCGGUUUUGGAUCCGUCGGCUUCCCAAUGUUCUGUGUCUCCACAUCAAGAGAUUUCGAUGGAGCAACUUCUUUAGAACAAAAAUUGACUUGAAAAUUACAUUUCCCAUCAAUUCUCUGGACAUGUCACAAUUCGUUCUCAACAACGGUCCAGAAACGAGACGUUCAAACUCCUCCAACAAUGUUUACGAUCUCGCAGCCGUUAUUGUACAUCAUGGGAAUGGAUCAAGCUGCGGCCACUAUACCUCAUUUGCUAUCAACAAUGGCACUUGGUUGCAUUUUAACGACCACACAGUGAAAGAAGUGCCGCCGUCCGCUGUUGCUGACUGCAAACCCUACAUUCUUUUCUAUAUUAGAAGAGAUCCGAGCAAGAAUUCGUGAGAUUAGAUUUAAGACUGAUUUCAUUCAAACAUGGAGUUUUUUCACUCUGUUUCUUCUUCUUUUAUUAUUUAUAUGGAAUUCCGAUUUGAAUUGCCUCUGUUUUUUCCUCCCCCCUUGACUUUCUUCUUCAGCCCAAGAAAUGCCCAUUUAUCGAAGUUCCAUGGGAAAUCCUGUAUAUCUUACAUUUUGCUCUUCUUUGAAUGUAAGUUUUCUUUCUUGUGUGUCUCAUGUAAUAUGUUUAAUUUCUUGUACUUUGACAGAGAGAAGAAAAAAAAAGUACGAUUGCAUUGAAGAGGAAAAGAACAAGAGUAACCGAUUAUUUACGUAUAUAAUUAAUAAUUUAAGGAGAAAUGAUUUACAAGUAAACUGUUGAGGAAGUAAAAGAAAGAAGAAAAAAAAACUUGUAGAAAUACAGAAGAAGAGAGAUAUGUAUGAAAUCCCAAAACCUUUUAGGCUUGUCGAGAAAUGAAGUAUGGUGUUUAUUUUCUGUGAAAAGGUCAGAAAACGAUGAAUUUAUGUUUAAAAGUUUAUGGUAUAAAAGCUGAUGAGAAAUCAAUAUUCAAUACAAAAUAUCUCUAAACUAUUAUUGCAAAAGAGCAAAAGUAAAAAAAAAAAAUGAAA